UUUUCUCAGAAAAAGAAGGAAAGGAAGAGAAGAGAGAGAGAGAGAGAGAGAGGUGGGGGCUCUAGGUGAGUGCAUCAGCUGGCCCUAGCCCCAGCAGACAAGAAUUCUCUUCCCAGGAAGCUCCUGUCACUCCAGGCUGCCCACCCCCAGCCCCGGUGUCUCUGUAUCAUCUAAUUGCUUGCUGGGCAGACCUGUUCUGGAGUUCAGAUUAAAGAGAGUACAGUCAAGGCAACGCACCAGAGACUCCAUCAGCAAAGAGUCCCACCACUUCACGCUGUGUCCUGCAAGCUGCUGUUGAACUUGGCUCUGGUUGAGAGGAUGGGAGCAGACGGAGAAACGGUGGUCCUGAAAAACAUGCUCAUUGGUGUCAACCUGAUCCUUCUGGGAUCCAUGCUCAAGCCCUCAGAGUGUCAGCUAGAGGUGACCACCGAAAGAGUUCAGAGACAGACAGUAGAGGAGGAGGGAGGCAUUUCCAAUUACAAUACCACCAGCAAAGAGCAGCCUAUGGUCUUCAACCAUGUGUACAAUAUUAACGUGCCCCUGGAGAGCCUCUGCUCCUCGGGGCUGGAGGCCUCAGCUGAGCAGGAGGUGAGCACUGAAGAUGAGACCCUGGCAGAGUACACGGGCCAGACCUCAGACCAUGAGAGCCAGGUCACCUUCACCCACAAGAUCAACCUUCCCAAAAAGGCCUGCCCAUGUGCCAGCUCCACCCAGGUGCUGCAGGAACUGCUGAGCCGGAUCGAGAUGCUGGAGAGGGAGGUGUCGUUGCUGAGGGACCAGUGCAACACCAACUGCUGCCAGGAGAGUGCUGCUACAGGACAACUGGACUAUAUUCCUCACUGCAGUGGCCAUGGCAACUUUAGCUUGGAGUCCUGUGGCUGCAUCUGCGAUGAAGGCUGGUUUGGCAAGAAUUGCUCAGAGCCCUACUGCCCACUAGGCUGCUCCAGCCGGGGGGUAUGCGUGGAUGGCCAGUGCAUCUGUGACAGUGAAUACAGUGGUGAUGACUGCUCUGAGCUCCGGUGUCCCACAGACUGCAGCUCCCGGGGGCUCUGCGUGGACGGGGAGUGUGUUUGUGAAGAGCCCUACAUGGGCGAGGACUGCAGGGAGCUGAGGUGUCCUGGAGACUGCUCAGGAAAGGGGAGAUGUGUUAAUGGCACUUGCUUGUGCCAAGAGGGCUAUGCGGGUGAUGACUGUGGCCAGCAGCGGUGUCUGAAUGCCUGCAGUGGGCGAGGACAAUGCCAGGAGGGGCUCUGCAUUUGUGAGGAGGGCUACGAGGGUCCCGACUGCUCUGCAGUUGCCCCUCCAGAGGACUUGCGAGUGGCUGGUAUCAGCGACAGGUCCAUUGAGCUGGAAUGGGACGGGCCGAUGGCAGUGACGGAAUAUGUGAUCUCUUACCAGCCGACGGCCCUGGGGGGCCUCCAGCUCCAGCAGCGGGUGCCUGGAGAUUGGAGUGGUGUCACCAUCACAGAGCUGGAGCCAGGUCUCACCUACAACAUCAGCGUCUACGCUGUCAUUAGCAACAUCCUCAGCCUUCCCAUCUCUGCCAAGGUGGCCACCCAUCUCUCCACGCCUCAAGGGCUACAGUUCAAGGCCAUCACGGAAACCACGGUGGAAGUGCAAUGGGAGCCCUUCUCAUUCUCCUUUGAUGGGUGGGAGAUCAGCUUCAUUCCAAAGAACAAUGAAGGAGGGGUGAUUGCUCAGCUCCCCAGCGAUGUUACCUCCUUUAACCAGACAGGAUUGAAGCCUGGGGAGGAAUACCUUGUCAAUGUAGUGGCACUGAAGGAACAAGCUCGAAGCCUCCCAACCUCGGCCAGCGUCUCCACUGUCAUUGACGGACCCACGCAGAUCCUGGUUCGAGAUGUCUCUGACACUGUGGCCUUUGUGGAGUGGACCCCACCUCGAGCCAAAGUCGAUUUCAUUCUCCUGAAAUAUGGCUUGGUGGGCGGAGAAGGUGGAAAGACCACAUUCCGGCUCCAGCCUCCCCUGAGCCAGUACUCAGUGCAGGCCCUGCGGCCUGGGUCUCGCUAUGAGGUGUCAGUCAGCGCCGUCCGAGGGACAAAUGAGAGCGAUGCUGCAACCACCCACUUCGCCACAGAGAUUGAUGCCCCCAAGAACUUGAGAGUCAGUUCCCGAACAGCAACCAACCUUGAACUGGAAUGGGAUAACAGCGAGGCAGAGGUUGAGGAGUACAAGGUUGUAUACAGCACUCUGGCGGGUGAGCAGUACCAUGAUGUGCUGGUUCCUAGAGGCAUGGGUCCCACCACCAGGACCACCCUCACAGAUCUGGUACCUGGCACCGAGUAUGGAGUUGGAAUAUCUGCUGUCAUGAACUCACAACAAAGUGUGCCAGCCACCAUGAAUGCCAGGACUGAACUCGACAGUCCUCGAGACCUCAUGGUGACAGCCUCAUCAGAGACAUCCAUCUCCCUCAUCUGGUCCAAGGCCAGUGGCCCAAUCGACCACUACCGAAUUACCUUUACUCCAUCCUCUGGGAUCGCCUCAGAAGUCACUGUGCCAAAGGACAGGACUUCAUACACACUGACAGACCUAGAGCCUGGAGCAGAGUACAUUAUUUCUAUCACUGCUGAGAGGGGCCGGCAGCAGAGCUUAGAGUCCACUGUGGAUGCCUUUACAGGCUUCCGCCCUAUCUCCCACUUGCACUUCUCUCAUGUGACUUCCUCCAGCGUCAACAUCACCUGGAGUGACCCAUCUCCCCCAGCAGACAGACUCAUUCUGAACUACAGCCCCCGGGAUGAGGAGGAAGACAUGAUGGAGGUCUCCUUGGAUGCUACAAAGAGGCAUACUGUCCUGAUGGGUCUGCAGCCAGCCACCGAAUAUAUUGUGAACCUGGUGGCUGUCCAUGGCACGGUGACCUCCGAGCCCAUCGUGGGCUCCAUCACCACAGGAAUUGAUCCUCCCAAAGACAUCACAAUUAGUAAUGUGACCAAGGACUCAGUGACCGUCUCCUGGAGCCCUCCAACUGCAUCUUUUGAUUACUACCGAGUAUCGUAUCGACCCACCCAAGUGGGACGGCUGGACAGCUCAGUGGUGCCCAACACUGUGUCAGAAUUCACCAUCACCAGGCUAAACCCAGCUACCGAAUACGAAAUCAGCCUCAACAGCGUGCGAGGCAGGGAGGAGAGCGAGCGCAUCUGCACCCUCGUGCACACAGCCAUGGACAACCCUGUGGGUCUGAUUGCUACCAACAUCACCCCCACAGAAGCCCUGCUGCAGUGGAAGGCUCCAGUGGGAGAGGUGGAGAGCUACGUCAUCGUUCUCACACACUUUGCUGUGGCUGGGGAAACCAUUUUGGUGGAUGGAGUCAGUGAGGAAUUCCAGCUUGUAGACUUACUUCCUCGCACAAACUACACUGUCACCAUGUACGCCACCAGUGGACCUCUCACCAGUGGUACUAUCAGCACCAAUUUCUCUACCCUUUUGGAUCCCCCUACCAAUCUGACCGCCAGUGACAUCACCAGGCAAAGUGCACUGAUCUCCUGGCAGCCUCCCAGGGCAGAGAUCGAAAACUACAUCUUGACAUAUAAAUCCACCGAUGGAAGCCGCAAAGAGCUGAUUGUGGAUGCAGAAGACACCUGGAUUCGACUGGAGGGCCUGUCAGAGAACACAGACUACACAGUGCUCCUGCAGGCUGCUCAGGACGCUACACGGAGCAGCCUCACCUCCACCACCUUCACCACGGGGGGUCGAGUGUUUUCUCAUCCUCAAGACUGUGCCCAGCAUUUGAUGAAUGGAGACACUCUGAGUGGGGUGUACACUAUCUUCCUCAAUGGAGAGCUAAGCCAGAAGCUGCAGGUGUACUGCGACAUGACCACGGAUGGGGGUGGCUGGAUUGUAUUUCAAAGGCGACAAAAUGGCCAGACUGAUUUUUUCCGCAAAUGGGCUGAAUACCGUGUUGGCUUUGGAAACCUGGAAGAUGAGUUUUGGCUAGGGCUGGACAACAUACACAGGAUCACAUCCCAGGGCCGCUACGAGCUCCGUGUGGACAUGCGGGAUGGACAGGAGACAGUCUUCGCCCAUUAUGACAAGUUCUCCGUGGAGGACAGCAGAAGCCUGUACAAACUCCGCAUAGGAGGCUACAAUGGCACUGCGGGAGACUCCCUCAGCUACCACCAGGGGCGCCCUUUCUCCACAGAGGACAGAGACAACGAUGUCGCAGUCACAAACUGUGCCAUGUCAUACAAAGGCGCUUGGUGGUAUAAGAACUGCCAUAGGACCAACCUCAACGGGAAGUACGGAGAGUCUCGACACAGUCAGGGGAUCAACUGGUACCAUUGGAAAGGUCACGAGUUCUCCAUCCCCUUUGUGGAAAUGAAAAUGCGUCCCUACAACCACCGUCUCUCAGCAGGGAGGAAACGACGGGCCUUACAGUUUUGAGCAGUGGGCAGCCGGGAACCAAACGAUAUUUUCUGUCAUUUGUUUGUAUUUUAUAAUAUGAGACUCGGGGGAGGGAGGGCAAUAGUCAUGUGCUUUGCAACAUACAUAUUAAGAGUUUUUGAAGGAAGCAGGGACAUCGCAGAUAUCAGCUGACUACCAUCCAUCUGCUCAUAGUUUCUGCUGCCUUGGAGCCUGACUCUGGGACUGCCUUCUCCCUCCUCCAGUCAUCCCUAAUUAACCCCUCCUUUCCUAUCUAGAAGGAAAGGGGAUAAGCUGUGGGCUGCAGAUGCUUAUGGUGACAGUCACAGGCCUUCCAUGUAUUUGUGAUCCCAUCACAAGCCUUCAAUGGCCAAGUAAUCAAUCAUACCAGCUGAGAAGAAACCUCAGCAACAGGGCUUGGCCAACAACUUCCCACAAAAAGGAGGAAAAUAUCAACAACCCAAAUCCUUUGUAAUGGGCCAAAGAUCCUCAUCCUCUGUGAUUCCUGUGUUUUGCAACCCAACCCAUCAGUCCCUCACCAAAUUUCAUUCUACCUUAGUUCUACCUGUUUUACAAUCUCAUUCUCAAGGCAGAUGCUAUUUGCU